CCGCAACCCCAACCCCAUGGAGGUCGAGAUCAAGCUCCGGCUCCCCGACGCGGCCGCACACCGGCGCCUCUCCUCCUUCCUCGCGCCCCGCCUGCUUCGCACCGACGCCCCCGCGCGGCCCCUCGCCGCCGCCACCCCCGCCCAGCGGGUCCGCCUCUACGGCACCGACGACCGCGACCCCUCCCGCGCCGUCCUCACGCUCAAGCGCCGCCCGCGCAUCGACGCCGGCGUCAGCCGCGUUGAGGAGGUCGUGGAGCCCCUCGACCCCGCCCUCGUCCUCACCUGCGUCGACAACCCCGCCCGUCUCGACGCGGUCGACUCCCCCAUCAUCCGGCUCGUCUCCGACGAGUACGGCCUCGGCAGGGACAAAGCGCCGUUCGUCUGCCUCGGCGGCUUUCGGAACACCCGCGGUGUGUAUGAGCUCGAGGAGUGCGAGGGGCAGGGGCUCAUGCUAGAGCUCGACGAGACACACUUCGAUUUCGGCACAAACUAUGAGAUGGAGUGCGACACCGCGGAGCCCGACCAGGCCAAGGAGGUCCUGGAGCGGCUGCUCACCGUGCCUGGGGUGCCGUAUGAGUACUCCCGGAGCAAUAAGUUCGCGUGCUUCAUGGCCGGGAAGCUGCUUCCGUGACUAGGUACCUAAAAGGCUGAACCUGAUCUUUGAUGAACUAGAAGACCAAGAUACCAAGGACUCGAGUGGGCGACUCCAAGAAUGGGGGCCUGAUCAAUUGAACAAGUAUAUUGGGGAGAGUGAAUCAGAAGUAAGGAAAAUAUGAACCCGUGCAAGCACUAACUCACCAUACAUCCUAUUUUUUUGAGGUAAAACUAAGUAGUUGUGGCAGCUUUGGAUGAGAGAACCCAAUUCCUGGUACAGUAAAAUGCCAACACAUAUAUGAUUGAUGUUAUGGCAGUAUACUUGACUUUGGGGAUGACGAGAUCGACGGAAGCAACAGGAGCCCACGACUCAUGAGUUCAGCGGCGUCUACACGCCCUACAUGCUGUUCCCGCCGAUGCUGCUGUUCAUGCCGUACCCCCAGUGCCUAGCAUCACCGGCAACAAGUUCAGCGCUGUCCGACAAGGUGUCCUGCAGGGACAACCUCCGUCGACCUGUCAUCGAACUUCACUUGUGUGUCUUGUGUCGGGCGAGGGAGAGGGACGAUGUGCAUACGGGGUUGCAGUGCAGAGGCGCCGGUGGUUUCAAGUUGCAGGGCCGGGAGAAAUUUCACGGCAACCAGGAGUAACAAUAUUUUUGGUUACUUGGGAAUACGAUGAUGUUCUGGUGACGUGGAACAUGCUGAGAUUUGGACUUCAAUCCUUGAUUGUGCACGGGGAUUUCCGAAACAAGCAGAAGACUAAUAACUUAUACGACAUCAAAGAUCUCUGAGAUUUUAGAGUAUGCACCAUAUUGAUUUACUUAUCGAUCACACGUAUAUUGAGUUCAUGAUGGAAAUAUACACGAGUAUUUUCAUUGUAUGGAAUUAUUUUAAUUACUACCAGAUGGAAUUUGGGAAUUAGUCUUACAAAGCUUCCAAAAUCACUAAAGUUAUACAGCUACUACAGAACUGGUUAAAAUCAGUGAUGUUCUAUAAUAUCUACAUGACUGAUUACAACACUGCUCAUGUGAUUUGGUACUUUACUAUAUGGUAGCUUGUUUUACCCCUGAGGCGAGCUAAUGAUUGGGAACUUAUAGUGCCAAACUGACCUGCAUAUUCUGUCAAACAUUUUGUUGCAAUAUUUAGGAUCAGCAUGGAAGCUGAAUUUGUCACCUGAUGUUGUUUAAUUGUGUGCUACUAAAUUCAUUGGUUGCCAAGCCUUAAAACUAUCUGUAAUAGCAUACCUUGUUUUCAACAUCAUUGGCUUGUUUAGAAUGCUAAACUGAAGAACUGAAGUACUGAACAAAACAAUACAGAAGUUAGUAAAAAGUGUUUAAGAGGAAUUUUUGGUCUGUAGUCUGUACUUAUAAAAUCUUGUGGUCAUUCGUUUUGACCUGAUCCAAGGCAAGGCCUAUCAGUGUUAACUCCCAGGCUGUAAAAAUUGAAUUGAUGAUUGCAUACUCUCGUGUGGAUUUUUUAUGUGCAUGCACGACAACCAUUCAUUUGUGCCUUUCAUCAUCAGAUCAAAUGGCAAGUUUAUUGUCUGAUUAAUUAGAGGUUUCUAUUUUGGAAUGAAAUUUUCUGAAUUUUUGCUAUCCCACUGGUCCUUACUAAUUCAGUAUAUACUAGGAUUUGAAGUUGUGAUCAUCCAUUGUUCUACUGUGGAGACUAGGAUAAAUGAUUGCAGUUGCAGGGCCGCCGCCGUUGCUGAACACAAACGGGGCUCGGAGCAGGCCAAACUCCGAGGUGGACCGGGCAACGGAUCGUGGAGAGGCGCCCAAGGAUUUUUUUUUUUUUUGCUUCUAUUGAUUGUGCCAUCCGAUUGGUUUAGACUUUUCACCAUUGCUAAUUACUAGGGGAGUAUGGGUACCGGACCUGGUAAGUGGCCUACAUGCUACGCUCUUGCCAAAUAAUUUGCAACCAUGCUUGCACUGAAUUUUUAUUUAUUUCUACUGUACCUUACAACAACUUCGUGAUGUAGCAGUACUUUGCACUAGCAUGCACCUGCAGAUAUAAUAUGGAAAAUGACUGUCAUUUAGAAUUACUUCCAAGCUGCAUCGUCUAUCUGAAUGUCAGCCUGAAACCACUGGCUGGCACACAUAAAAUUUUGGAAGUUGUACGUAGUCCUCCUUUGAGACAAAAUUUAUGUCUAUGAUUGAUGAAUCAAUAUAAUUUUUUUGUUCAAGCUGGAUCCAAUAGAACAUGGCUUUGGUGGUAGUUCCCAGUACAUGUAGAAUUUCUAUCCUUCUAUAUGUGUACUGAAACUAUUUAAGGUCACUAUGUAGUAAAUUCAUCAUACUAUAUGUCCACGGAAACCACUUAAGGUCAAAAGUGACAAGUAGAACCACAUGCAUCGUUUUGGGUAGUCUAACUUGACUCUAUUACUUUUAUCUCAUAAAUCUAUGAUCGGUGCUUUUUUAUGUGGAAUAUUUUCUGGAGCGGUUGCAGGUGUUAGGGAUGCAUUUAUAUAUGGGAUAAUUGCAUUAGCUAUUUCAUACGAUUGGCAUGCAAGGAUUUUUCUUCUUUAGUAUAACUCUCUGUAUUUUUAUUGUUUCUUUUAUUGUUUCUAGAAUGCAUUUCCAUAAUAGAGAUGGGAAAUGGAUAAAUCGUUGUCGUCCUUCAGUGAGCAGCCGAGGAGGAGCUCCUCCAUGCUGUGAUGUGGAAGACAGAUACCCUGUCCGCGACGCCCGGUUCUGGCCUCAUAUACAUGAGUCUGGAAGUGAUACUUUUGUGAGGAGUGCUGGAACAUGACUGGAUCAAGCGAGACAGAGAACGAUGGAUGAAAGAAAGAGAUCAGAAACGGGAUUCACUCUUGACCACCUCAUACAUACAUGUGUAAGAGCUUGUCACCUCAUACAUAUCUCUUGUAGCUAUAUAGGGCUCUUUUCGUAUUCUAGGAAAUUUUAAAAUUAUAUUUUACUAGGGAUGUAAGUAUCAAAUGCUAGAUAUGUGAUCUAGAGAUUUUAGACUUUCAGGAUUCAACCAUUAGUUGUCUUCCUUGAAUAUUUCUUUAUUUUUGAAGGGCAAUCUGUUUUUUUAAUCCUUGAAGCGCCAUUUAGAACAUAUGAUCGUGGUUGUCAAAUUCCUGUGAAAUGCAUACCUUUGAUCUCAGUUUUAUAGGGAAAUUAACAUGAUCUCAUUUUUAUCAUGCUGACAAUAUAUUAUGUUAUACCUUUGAUUUUGGUAAUGGUGUGUUUUCCCAUGAUUGCUGUCAUUUUGUUGUCCUACAUGUGUCUGUGCGUUGGGAUAUUAUGAAGAAAAGUUGCAGCUAUCCAUACAUCAUUAUUUAUGGCAGAAGGGAAAUCUACUGAAUCACAGUCACAUUUCCUAAAACUCUCGAAUUCCAACUUAGCGGUGUUGAUGACCAUGAUGAAACUGUGAAAUAUUAAGCGGUACUUUUCCAUUGAUUCUUUCAUUCUCAUCGUAUCAUUGAUGUGACUGUGUGACUCAAGUUUUGAUUUCUCCCUCACCUUUUAAGUUCAAAGUAGUAUUCAACAAGUUGUUGUGUCGAAUAUAAAUCUCUGAAACACUAGCUACAUAAAGGUUCAGUUAUAUCAUCAAUAAUGCCAAUGCUUCUGGCUGCUGUUGCUGGCUCCUAACAGCAAAAUCAAGUCUGGAAACAUGUGUAUGGUAAUGGUGUAACAAAAAAAAUCGAGAGAGGUUUUGAGUAUGCUUUCUUAGCUAUGACACAUUGAUUUAGCUUACUUUGCUAGGAUACCAGAACUAGCACUCUACGAGUGAAAUAAUUUAUUUAUUUAGCACCAUUGUCAAAUUAUUACUUUGUAUUCCUGAAAUUUUAAUAUAACUGAAUGUGGUGAAAUGCAGUGAAAAUAUUGUUGUUUUUGAUUUAAAAAUGGCUAAAUUGGAGGAAAGCAUUUCUGCUACAUUCAUCAGCAAUACUGCACCAUAUACUAUAGAAGCUUGGGCCACUAAAUCAGCUGUUUCUGAUGGAUCUUCUUGGACUCAACAGUAUCAAUCUACUUUGCAUGUGGUUUAUUUUAUUCUUUAGCUCAACGGAAAACCAUGGCAAGUUCUGUUUUACCUUUAGGGUGUUGUAAAAAUGAUUUCAAUGAGACCAAUUAAGUGACUAGCCUAUGGAACAAUGAUGAUCUGUUGUUAAAAUAAAAUAAAAAAGAUAAACAAAAAAUGAUGAUCUAUUGUUGAUUGUCUUCAACAGAAACAAACAUGUUCAUAGUUUUCUUGUAUUUUUUCUUCGAUGUGACUCUUUGCCUGACAUGUUGAUGUUACUAUGUAUCCCAUAUUUGAUUUCACAUAAGGAAUGUCCAUCCCUGAAGCACAACCUCGCGUACAUUGUUAAGUGAACCAGACUAAGUCCGGAAGAAGAUUGAAAAUUUCAAACGUGAGAAUGACAACUACAGGAAGACUAUAAGACUUUAUAUCGAUUCUUCUUGUAUAAUCACUAGAAACGCCUAGGGCCAACUUUAUAAUGAUUUUUUUCUAGACAGGAGCGCCAAGUGAUUGAGUCAUUCAUCGCUAUGGACGUGAAUAUCUGACAAGGGCCACCUUGAUCAGAAUCGCUCGAUAAACCAGUCCUUCCAGAAAGACAAGCAAAUCCUGCCAGCAAAAUCAUAUUACAAAUAGACAGGACACAAGGCAUCCCAGACCACACAAGCAAGUAAAUGAUCGAUAUAGAGGUUUCAAUGAUUGAUCCACACAAUAUGGGAAUACAUGCUACAUGCUAAACAAGUUAGAUGGAUCAAAGUAAUGAUGGUCAAUAAAGACGGAAAAAUCAUGGCACGCAACAGACGAGUGACCGAGUAUAAUGAACUUUUUAUAGUCAUGGAUUAGUCAUGUGUUAAACAAGUUCUGUUCAUGGAUUAGUUAUUAUCAAGCCUACUGUUCUUUCUAUAGUCAUGCGCUAUUUUUUCAAUUGAACACAUUGAAGUUCCUAUAGAUUUUCAUGGUUUAUGCAAAAUAGCUGAGCCUGGUUGUAUUAUUCAUACAUAUUCAGGAGUGUUAGAGUCUAGAAUUCAUCGGUUUAUGUCGUGGAGAGAGCAGUAGUGUUGUUCAUCUUCUGGUUUUGAUAUAAUUACUAACAUUUAUUCAUUUCAAAGAUUAGUGGAUUAGUGCAUGCUAACAAACCCUGUACUGUCAAAGCAUUGUUCCAAUGUCUCUUAAAAUAUAUUUUUUCAUAGAGGGUCGUUCUGACAAGUGUGGUAGCAUGCUGAUCCAAUAAAAGACCGGCGAAGACAAGAUCAAGUUCCGCCACUUCUGCUUUGAAGAGACUGCUACCAAGCUGUACCUCAGCCUCAAGGACAAGAAUGACUCCAGUUUGGGGUUCAACAUGCUGCUCGCAAAUCCUAAUACAAUAUUUGAGUCUCACCAUGUUGCUUCCAUUAUAAAAUGUGGCUUCGUGAUGGCAGUAUUGCCAACAUUGACCUCAUCGAGUCCACCAAGAUUAAUAAGCCUGGGAUCAAGGAUGCAGGUCCCUAUCACAUUCAGGCACAUAUAUCCUCAUAUGUAGUCUGAUAUAUUCAAUGGUAGAUCCACCAGGUAUACCAUCAAGGUUAAGAUCAACAUGAAUAACUCCAUUGUGUAGGGCUAAUAACUCCAGGUUCAGUGGGAGGGAAACAAUUGUGUAGAAUGCCCUAUCGUUUGAUGUGAUAUAUGCCCAAGAGAUUAGGAGUCCUUGAUUGUAAUAUGUGCCAAUUCUUAAAGAAAGCAAGGAGUGAAGUAGAAGCUUCACCAUUUGAGCACCAAGGACUUAUCAUUGACUGCAAUGUUCAUCAGGUUGCUUAGAAGAUAUAAGAGUAAAAGUAUUAUCAUCUGUAAAUAUUCUUUUCAAGUGAGAUGAGCAGCAGUACCAAGAUAGAUAACAAUGUUAAAGUAUCUUUAGAUAUUAUUUUUUUCAUUUUUUUGAUAGAGCUGGCAUUUAUUUGGAUAUAAUUUUCCAUGGUGGGGAGAGAUGGCGACGGCGCGGGGUGAGUAGGUUGGGGGAAUGAGAUAUGAGUGUGAGCAAUGUGUUGUGGGCUGAGAGAGUGAAUUGCCUUUUUUAGAUAAGAAGAAAAGGAGUUGUUGAUUGCUUUUUUAAGGGAAAAGCCACUGUUUGCUUUGAAAGAAAUGUCACACAUUUUUAUAUAGUGAAUAAUAUCAUGUAUCCUAAUAAGUCAUUUCUAUGGAAUAAUUACCAACAAGUGAUUUAAAGGUGAGCCAUAUCGAAAUUGGAUGUGACCCACUCUAAUAGAAGGCACGAUGCCACUCACUUCGACUAAAAAUGUCACAUGCUGUUAUCUAGCAGCUAACUGAUGAAUAUAUCUUUACUUUUUCGGGUCAGAGUUUAAAACUGAUGGCUUCGGAUGAUGCUUUGAUGGAUUGGACUGAGACCUCGUCGAGUUUUACACAAUCAGAAGAGGUGCAUACAAAUAAUUGUUAUUUUUUGUAUAUAUUUUGCACAUGAUAACACAAAAGGUAUAUUUCUACAUAUAUGUUUAUUAUUGUAGGGGAUGAGAGAGAUAAAGAUGGAUUAUGUCGAUGUUUAAAAACAUCGACAAGGGUCCCCAUGCGAUGUCAUUGAAAGGCGCAAAAAUAUCAUCAAGUUUUAUACACCAACAUGAAAAAAAAUUAAAGGCCCGUGGCAACGCACGGGCAUUGUACUAGUCGUUUUAAUUACUAGCCAGUCAUGUAUUAUUUGUGGCUAAAACCUUGCCAUUUGAAGAAAGCUCGUUGAGGUACCCUGCUACAUGGUAAACUGGCUAGAUCAUCAGAGUGGUAAUCUGAAAAACAGAUAAUGGAUGUUUAUUGUAUUCCAUGUUUUUCUUUAAUCUAGAAAAAAAAUUAGAUUUCAAAAUGGAGAGCUGAGACAGAUGUUUCAAAAUCGUGGCUCGCAACAUUACUUGUUGAAUCUUCGUGGAUCCAAUCAUUGUUCGUGUGUCUAUAGAUUGGAUUCUUUUGGCCCUGUGUGUCUAAGGGUUCCCGAGUCACGGUCCCUAAUGCGCCCGAGUAGGCAGUCACAUGGGAUAAGAAUAUGGAGCACUACUUUAGGGACUAGAUAGAAAAUG